UGCUGUUGCUCAGGAUCUUAGGCACCUUAGGAGCUCUAGAUUUGAACUCUUGCACUGUAAAAGAACUGAAGGAAUGCCUUUGCCCAGGCAGCUGCGAAGUGAGAGCGACUUUGACCAGCUUCCAGAUGAUGUACCUGUUUCUGCUAAUAUUGCAGACAUUGAAGAGAAGAGAGGCUUUUCCAGUUACUAUGUAUUUGUGAUUGAGGUGAAAACAAAAGGUGGAGGCAGAUACAUGAUCUUCCGCCGUUAUCGCCAAUUCUAUGACUUACAUGCUAAACUAGAGGAAAGAUAUGGUGUUGAAAAUAAAAACAGCCGCUUUACCUGCAUGCUCCCUGUUCUGCCAGGAAAAGUUUAUAUUGGUGCAAAGAGAGAGAUUGCAGACAGUCGAAUCCCUAUACUCAACAUGUACAUGAAGAAGCUGCUUAGCCUGCCUUCUUGGGUGUUGCUAGAUGAAGAUGUCCGAUUGUUUUUCUAUCAGUCAGACUUUGACUGUGAGCAGACACCACAGGGGCUGCGAAGGCUUCGCCCACGCACUCGUCGAGUCAAGAGUAUUUCCCCUCAAGAACCCAGCUUUGACCGAAUGGCAGCCCCACGUGCUGAGGCACUGUUUGAUUUUACUGGAUCCUCUAAACUGGAACUGAGCUUCAAGAAGGGAGACCUGAUCUAUUUACUUAGUAGAAUCAACAAGGACUGGUUUGAGGGAACUGUCCAUGAUGCCACCGGCAUUUUCCCAUGUGCUUUUGUGACUGUCAUUAAAGACCUCCCACAAGAAGAAGACUCUAUCAAUUGGUUGCGCUGUUAUUACCAUGAUGACAAUGUCAGCACCAUCAGAGACAUAUCAGUGGAAGAGGACCUGAGCAGCACCCCAUUAUUCCAAGAUCUAAUGGAAUUAGUAAGGCGUGAAUUUGGGCGCAAUGAUAUUGCCCUGAAUUACCGGGAUGCUGAGGGGGAUCUGAUUCGUCUGCUCUCUGAUGAGGAUGUUGGUCUCAUGGUGAUGCAGGGCAGGAGCUGGCCUCUUGAGAAGCACAUCUUCCCCUGGAGGCUACACAUUACCCAGGAGGAUGACUACAGUGUCUACAAUCACACACGGUCUGCCAUCUCAACACAAAGAGUGGCAGAACUGUGAUAAUUUCUCCCCAUUCUGCUAUAGCAGAAAGGAAUAAUAACAGAACAAUUAGGGACAAUGCAGAAUUGAUGCACCAUGAAGGAACAUUCAUUAUUUUUCCCUUAAAGAAUAAGUCAUUAUGUAGACAGUGCAAUUUAUAUGCUUUGGAGUCCUGCAAACAUAAGAUGGUGGCUACUAAUAUGAGUUCUGUAUUCUGUUCAAAAAUAUUUUAUAUAAAAAUGUAAAAGAUUAUAUAGAAAAAAUAUAAAGCUACAUGGAAAGCCAGUGUGGUGUAGCC